AUGCAUGCUCUAAAAGAUAUUCUAGAGUAAAAUAUUGAGCCUGUAACUUAGGAGAAAAAACAUAUCGGUCUAAUUCUGUACUUGGUUAAAUUUGAUGGAUCAGUUUAUUUCUAUAACAACGUAUUUAAAGAUAUAAUCUAGUCUAAAUCGCCUUGCACCAAUAAUUAAACGAUUACUGAUCCUUCAGCUAUUAAUGGCUAUUUUGAGAAUGUGAUUUAUUUGAAUGUUUACUAAUUGCAAUUUCAAAACUUAAUUAGCAUUAUAAGCAUGAAGCAAGGAUUCAUCAAUAUUGAGAAAAACAAAUUUGAAAAUAUCUUAUUGACAAACUCUUUAAUAAGAAUUUAAGGUGAGCUAGAUAAAGAGGUAAUACAUGCUCUUAUUGAAGAAAACUCUUUCCUCAACAUUAUAGUAAAAGGAGGAGCAGGAAUAAUACACUUUGAAAAACAAAAUAUGGGUUCGGCAAUUACUAAGAUAUCAAAGAUGACUAAAUGCGGUGGAGGAUUAACUAUAAAAAAUAACACCUUUAAAUUGAUAAUAGGAUGUGAAAUGGUUGAUUCAAGUUUGUUUUUUAUCGGAUGUUAUAACCAAGAUUACUAUUUCUCAUAACCAUACAUGUUAUCAUAGGAAUCAUAGUAUGAGAAAUUCCAGUCUGAUUACUAAGUACUGAAUAAAUUUUAAGAAUUUUAAGAUAAUUUGAUUGCGGCAUCUUCAAAAACAAGUGAAAAAGUAGCUGUUUAAAAAAUGAAUCCAACCACUUCUUCUAUAAAUUUGGCCUCCAAUUUGGAUCCAAAUAGAAUAAUUUUGUAUUUAAACACGUAUGAAGAUUGCUACAGAGGAGUUACAAUGAGAGAUACUCAAUGGAACUCUGAAUUUCUCGGAACUCUUAUUUCUUUUGUAAACAUACCUUGGAUUGAAGUAGAUUCAGAGGAAUAUUUAAACAUUGGACCAUUUAAUAAGAAUUAGUUUGAUUUGAUUGCUAAGUAAUUGGGAAUAUAAGGAAGCUUGACAUUAUAGUAAGAUUAUAUAUACAAUUAAUUGAAGGGAUGUUGUAUUUUUUCCCUUUCUGGUGUUUCUAAUUUCUCCAUUACUGGUACUUCUUUCUAAAACGUUUGGACCAUUGAUGAUGCAUAUGUUGCUUUUAAAAGUAUUGGCACAUUUAAUUCCCUAACUACAACGAGAUAUGGUUGGAAUCCUUUAAUGGCUACUUAUAAACUAAAUAAUAAAGUCAAUUUGGGUGCUAGUUAACCCUUAUUCUAUAUUAAUUUCUAGAAUUGCACUUCUUUUACCUUGAGCAAGUUCAAUUAUCAUGACAAUUAUGCUCAGUUCUAGGAAGAUAGUGAUUUGAGUCUUAUUGUCACUGUAAAAGAUUAGAAAAAUCCAUUCAGAUCAAUUAAAACAAAACUAAUUGAUGUAUAAAUAAAUUCUGUUUAUGCUGAUAGAGGAGCACCAUUUUUCGAAAUUUAAUCCUCUUAAAUCGAUUUAGAAAAUGUCUAUAUACAAGAUCCAAUCUUCAAGAUUAACAUACUAUCAACAAGCAAUCGAGAUGAAUAUUUCAAUGUUAAAUCAAGUAUAUUUUCUGAAAUUAAUGGAACUGAUGUUCCAUUGUUUAUGAUAGCAUCUACUGCUACUGUAACCUCUGAGAAAUAAAUCGUUAAAUUUUAGAGUACUAAUUUUUACAGUAAUAUCGGAAAGAGUGCUGCUAUAUUAAAGAUUCCUGAGAAUUUGAUGAAUGGAAUACUUUUUAAUGAUUGCAUUUUCUCUAAAAAUAUUGGUGAUUAUGGCUUAAUGAGAGUAACUGCUAAAAUUGGAACCAUAUAAUUUUAACAAUGUGAAUUUUCAAGUAAUUAUGGAAAACUUGCUAAGGAUAUUUAUAUUGAAGGGUCUUCUACCUCUCAAAUGUUGAUAUAUGAGAGUAGAUUCAAAUAAACGGAGGUUGAUUCAUAACAAAUUAGAGAUAAUAUCAUCGAUAAUGAUCAUGAAAGCUAUUUUUUAGAUCCAUCAGGGGUGGUUCUCAUAUCUAUAUAAUAAGUAAAAAUAGUCAAUAGCAGAAUUGAAAAUUAUCAUUUUGCAUAAAGUGGAGGCUUUAUUAGAUUAGAAUCCAAUUCAAAGGCCGAAAUGAUUAACUGUAAUAUUUAAGAAUCAAGUGCAAAUUAAGGUGGAGCAAUUUUAAUAUAAAAGAGUAGUGAGAUAAUUCUUAAUGGCUGUACAAUUGAACUUUGCUAGGCUUAUUAAUCUGGAGCAGUUUAAGCAUAAGACACAUCAACACUUACAAUUAUUUCAUCUAAGUUUGUCAAUAAUUUUGGAGUUGACUAAGGAGUCUUUAGUAUUUAAGGCUAUUCUAAAUUUUCAUGUGAUGACUGCUUUUUUUAAGCAAAUGAAGCCUAUACAUAAAACUCUGUGGGAUAAAUUGUCUAAUCAUAGAUUGCCUCAAUGACAAACUCUAGAUUUUUUUCAAACUUCAUUUCUCCUGGAGGCUCUUAUAAUUUAUUACAGAUUAUAUCCUCAAAAGUUACCUUCUCCUUGUUCUACAACACUUUAUCUUCUAUAGGCUUUGAAAAAGUAAAUGGAAAUUUCAUUCAAAUUAUGGCCGAGUCAAGUAUCGAAAUAAAAGACUCGACAUUUAAAAAAGGUAUGGGAAAAGAAGGAGGUGCUAUUUAUAUGCUUGGAUUUUCAUAAUUAGUUAUUGAGAAUUGUAACUUUACAGAUUGCUCAGUUGAUAAUUAAGGUGGUGCAAUUUACGCAUCAUCUUUUGAUAAAAUAGAUAUUAUCAAUUCAAGGUUUGAGGGCAACAAAGCAAAAGUAUUUGGAAGUGCAAUAUAUGCUUCAAAUUCAAUAGGAACUUUGAAUGUCAACAAAUCUUCGUACUUUUAUUCAAAAGAUUCUUCUAACUUUAUCUAUUUUUCAUCAUUAGAAAAAGCAAAUAUAACUGCAACAACUCUAGCAAGCAGCUCAAUUGAUGAGGAUACAUCAUCAACUUACUCAGCUAUUUAUCUAGACAGUCUUAAAUUGUUCUAUUUUAGCUAAUCCACAAUGAAAUAAAUUGUAGCUAAUUAUACUGGUGGAUGCAUGUACAUAAGUGAAGCUGCUAGUAGCAAGCAGACUGCAAAUUUUGAUCGAUAUUUUAUCGACAACUCUGUUUUUAGUAAUUGUAAAAGCCUCAGAGGAGGUGCUAUAUUUCUAGAUUCAGUACAAGGUGUAACUAUUGGAAAUAAAACUACAUUCAGUAAUAACUAUGCCUAUGUUUCAAAGUUCAGUAGUAUUAGUGAUUAGGCUGAGGGCAUUGGAGGGGCUGUAAAUUUCUAUUGUUAAACUGGAGGUGGUGCAAUUUAGUGGAAUUAUUUGGAACCAACUUUUAAAAAUGUAAUAACGUAGCGUUUAACAGAAUUACAGGUAAAUUAUAAAAAUAACACUGCUGGAGUUUAUGGAGACAAUAUCUCUUCAGUUUCAAGAGUCCUCUAAUAACUGACAAAAGAUUAGUACCUGUCAGUCAAGGCUAAAUUCGAUACAUCUACAUCAAAUGAAAGAAUGAUCAGAGCACUAUAGGAUAAUAGCUAGCAAGGAAUAACUUAAAAAUAAAAAUCAGGAGGAGUAAUGGACCCUAUAUAUUUCGCAUUAAUAGACAAGUACGGAUUCAUUGUAACAAGUGAUGAAACGAGCAAACUGUACCUGCAAGUAAAUUAAAACUCAAACUAUAAAUACUAAACUACUUUUGAGACUGAGACAACAUUUUCAAUAAAAAACGGUGUUUUUGCAGUUGAUAAUUUAGUAGUAGUCGCUCAACCGAAUUCCCAAUAAUCUUUCAGCUUUUCAACUGAUGGCAUUGACUACAAUAUACCCGAUAAUGCAGCUUAUUAUUUGGAAUAAAAAAACCAGCUAAAACUAGACACGGUUUAAAAGAACCUAGGUUUUAGUUUAACGUUUAGGGAUUGUGAACCUGGUGAGGCCUUGCUAUCAAGUGGCAAAUGCUCAGACUGUAGUGAAGGAACUUACUUGUUGAUAACUUCUACAGGAACAUCAAGUUGUAAAGAGUGCUAAUCAGAUAUCUCAUAUUGCUUAGGAAAAGAUUUAGUCUAUCCAAUGAAAAAUUAUUGGAGAAGUAGCAAAAGCAGCGAUAAUUUUAUUAAAUGUAGAAACCAUAUAUAGUGCUUGGGAAUGAAUCCUCCAGAAAACAAUUUCUUAGGCGCCUGUGCUGAGGGUUACUAAGGAAUAUUAUGCUCUGAUUGUAAAAUUGGAUAUUCGAUCACAAACAAUUUCGAAUGUUCAAAAUGUCCUGAUGAUUUAUCAAAUUCAUUUAAGCUUUUGGCUUUAUCCGUAUUAAUUAUAACUGCUCUUGUAUUCUUGAUUAAAUUUACAAUUGCUGGUGCUCUUGAGCAAAAGAAUUACCUCUCAGUUUUUAUUAGAAUUUUAAUGAAUCACAUUUAGCUUUUGAUAAUCACAGCUUCUUAUGAUUUAUAGUGGCCAGAUUAGUUGAUUUAAUUCUUCAAUUCAGUGAAACCUGCAUCCGAGGUAACUACUUAAUUCCUUUCUCUAGAUUGCUUCAUUGAUACCAGAAAAGAUAAUAAUGAUAAAGGUACAAUAAGAUCUUUCUAUGCAAAAACAAUAAUGCUAGCUCUAGCUCCAAUUCUAGCUGUGAUUACCUGCUUUUGUGCUUGGAGGAUUAUUUUUUAUCUUCAAGAAAGAAAGAAAAACAAAAUUUCAAACAGGAAAUUUGAUAUCAAUUUAGAUUAGUCUAGUCAAAGAAAAGGCCUGACUACUUAAUAAGUGAAUACAACAAAUCAAGAGGAAUAUGAAAAAGUUUCUAAUAUGAGCAUCAUAAGUAAAAAUCCAUUGAAUUAGCAAAAGCUACAAUCGAUGGAGACUGACGGAGAAAUUAAAAUGACAACUGAUUAACUUGAUGAAAGUUAAGAAAGCAUAAUCUUGCAAGAAUAAGAUAGAAGGAGAGGAAGAGUUGUUUCAUCAGUUAUUAUUAUACUGUUCUUUAUUCAUCCUACUAUCACUACAUAGAUGUUCAGUGCAUUCAGGUAUCUCCUUAAUUGGUAUAAUCUUAACUUUAGUUGCCAAGAUAUUGAUGGAUAAAUGAGAUUAUACAGUGAUUUAGAAGUUAUUUGCUAUUCAGGUCUUGGUAUUCCUGCUUACGGAUUCUUUUUGCUUUUUAUAAACAAAGACAAGCUGUAGAAUAUAUACAUUAAAGAGAAAUAUUCUUUCCUCUACAAUGGAUAUAAAGGGCAUUCCUUUUUCUGGGAGAUUUUUAUUAUAUACAGGAAAAUCAUAUUUAUUUUCAUAUAGGUGUUUUUGGCUCAAGUUGGCAAAAUAGUCCAGCAUCACUAUCUCAAUAAUCUUGAGACUUUGUCCUUGCUUUCUUCUGCUCUCACUAUUUAUUGCGGUCUUUUCUACAUUUCAGGUCAUGAGGGUCUAUCUGUUAAUGGAAUGUUUCUAAUUUACUGGAUUAUCAGAUUUAUGAUUGAACUAAAAUAGACUAUUUCACUAAAGUUUCCAAGAAUAUACUUUGCAAUGUUUCUAUGUUUCAGUUAAAAGAAAAGAGAAAAAGAAAAAAUGCUCCAAGACUAUUUAAAAAAGCACACAAAAUUCAUUAAAAAUUAUAGCACGAUAUGUGAAUACUUAGUUUAAAAUAUGAAACUUUAUAAUUCUGGUCUUAUUCCUCCAGAAGAUAGCGAACUAUAAUUACUGACUUUAAAGUUGAUGCAAUUUAAAGCAUAGAUGGAUAAUUCAAGAAAAUUAAAAUCUCUUCAGAACCUCUCUGUAGAGUAAUUACUAAUUUAAAAAGAUAUGAAUAACCUGUUGAAAAAUAAUGUGAAAAAUGAAAGUUCCAGACAAUGUGAAAUAGAUUUUGAAUUUGACAACAAUGAAAACGAUGAGCAGCAAACGAAUAGGGGUCAAAGGAAAAACUAUCCAAUAAAUUAGACAUUUGAUGAAUAAGAUGAUGAAAUGAUAUAUGGUGACAAUAAACUAAUUAAGAAAAUAUUUUUCGAAUUGAAAUCAUAAAAGAAGCCAGGAACUUCUUACUCUUCAAAAUCAAUAGAAAAUGAUAAUAGUCUCUUUAGGAAUAAUCAGAUUGGCAUUGAUUAAACUUUGUCAGAAUAUCCCUAUAACUUAAUAUUCAAGAAUCAGGUUUUGAUUUCUGGGAUUGAUGAAGAACCAAAUAUUAAAGUAGAGACUUAAUUCAAGAAAUAAAUCUACUAAAAAAAAGAUAUCACAUCUCUAGAAUUCACUGACGGGUAUACUCAAAAAGAUAAAAGACUUAGAAAGAACAGUAGUCUACAAGAAAACCAUUAAAAUGAUUUAAAGCAACAAAUUGAAUAAGAGGAGGAAUUGAUCCAAAGCUUUAGGAAAUUGAAACAAUAAGAGAGACAAUCUAAUUAUUCUGACGAUAAUUUAAAAAAAUUCAACAUAGAAUUCUAAAGCAAAUAAUUUAAUAAGUUUCCUUAACACAGGCAAAAUUUCAUAAGUCUUUAUGAUAUAAGCUAGACAAAAUAAUUGGAUUAGGAUAAAGAUGAGGAUCUUUAAUUAACCAUUUAGUCUUCAGAAGGUUAUGAUUCUAAUAAUUUUAUGAGCUAAUUGGAACAGUACUAGAGUAAAGAUAUAAAUAGCAGAGAGCAAUAAAAUAUAGAAUUCAAAGGAAGUAGCAGAAUUGGUAAAGAUAUUUCAUUUGGGCGGAACUAGAUUAUAGGUUAUAAAACAUUUGAUAAAAACAAGAGGAAAAGAUUGAGUCAGUUAGAUUAGAAAUAAAUGAAAGAGAUAUUUGGUAAAAAACUUAGAGACUCUAGAUUUAAACGAAAUUUCUAGGCUACUGAUUCAGGAAUCUAUGAGAUGCCUGUAGUUCCAGUAGAUUAUGAUGAUAAUGCUAUUGAUGAAUAAUUGUCUCUUGAUUUUGAAGAUGAUAAUGAUUUUGAAACAAAUGAGCUAUAAUCUGAGAUUAUAGAGAAAAAUAAAGCUCCUAAGGAGUUUUAAAGUUAAUAAGAGUAUGUAGAUCUCAGCAAUUAGAAAUCAAAUUAGCUUUUCAAAAAUGAUAGCCUAGAUAUUAAUGAUUUAUGA